AUGUCACUGCUCAAAACUGUAUGUAAGAUUAUAUUUAAAAUCAUUCUGAUACACGUUCAGGCGAAGGUGCCGAUCAGUAAGUUUGAAAAGGAUGUAUAUUUGCCGUACGAGAAGUUGUCGCAGAAUGUUAAGAUCGUCAGAGACCGGUUGAAGCGGCCAUUGACGUUGUCUGAGAAGAUCUUAUACGGCCACUUAGAUCAACCGGCCACCGAACACAUCGAGCGAGGCGUCUCCUACUUGCGAUUGCGCCCAGAUCGAGUGGCGAUGCAGGACGCUACUGCUCAGAUGGCUAUGCUUCAGUUCAUUUCAUCUGGAUUGCCAAAGACUGCUGUUCCAUCCACGAUUCACUGCGACCAUUUAAUUGUGGCCCAAAAAGGAGGUGAGCUGGAUUUAACUAGAGCAAAGGAUAUUAACAAAGAGGUGUUCAACUUUCUUUCAUCAGCGGGGAACAAAUAUGGCGUCGGAUUCUGGAAACCUGGUUCAGGGAUAAUCCACCAAAUAAUACUUGAAAACUACGCUUUCCCAGGUCUCUUGCUUAUCGGGACCGAUUCCCACACGCCUAAUGGAGGCGGACUGGGAGGACUUUGCAUUGGAGUUGGUGGAGCUGAUGCCGUCGACGUAAUGGCAGAUAUUCCAUGGGAGCUCAAAUGUCCGAAGGUUAUAGGGGUUAGGCUUUCUGGAAAGCUUUCUGGGUGGACCGCAGCAAAAGAUGUCAUCUUGAAGGUUGCGGAUAUUUUGACGGUGAAGGGAGGUACUGGAGCUAUAGUGGAGUAUAUUGGUCCCGGUGUUGACUCGAUCUCGGCGACGGGAAUGGGAACUAUCUGCAAUAUGGGUGCUGAAAUUGGAGCCACUACAUCAGUGUUCCCCUACAACGAAAACAUGAAGAAAUACCUUGAAGCGACUGGACGUGGAGAAAUUGCGGAAGAAGCUAGCAAAUAUAAAGAUCUCCUUACUGCUGAUGAUGGAGCUCACUAUGAUCAGGUUAUUGACAUUAAUCUGGAUACUCUUAUUCCGCAUGUGAAUGGUCCCUUCACUCCCGACCUUGCGUCACCAAUUGAUAAGCUUGGCGAGAAUGCAAAGAAAAACGGUUGGCCACUAGAAGUCAAAGUUGGUUUAAUUGGAUCGUGUACGAACUCUUCUUAUGAAGAUAUGACUCGAGCUGCAUCUAUUGCUAAGCAGGCUGUCGACAAAGGACUUAAAGCUAAAAGUAUGUUCUAUAUUACCCCUGGAUCUGAACAAAUUCGUGCAACCAUUGAGAGGGAUGGCAUUUCCAAAAUAUUCAAAGAUUUUGGAGGACUGGUUCUUGCUAACGCUUGCGGACCUUGCAUUGGACAAUGGGAUCGUCAAGAUGUCAAAAAGGGAGAGAAGAACACCAUUGUGACGUCGUACAACCGAAAUUUUACUGGUAGAAACGACGCUAAUCCGGCUACGCAUGCGUUUGUCACAUCACCAGACAUCGUGACUGCCCUGGCUAUUGCUGGAACACUUGACUUCGACCCGCGGAAAGACCAACUUUCAGCUCCUGAUGGUUCAAAAUUCGUUCUCAGCCCUCCAACAGGAGUAGAUCUCCCAAAGAAAGGAUACGAUCCUGGCCAGGACACAUACCAACCACCAUCUAAUUCUGGAGAGGUUGAAGUCAAUCCAAAAUCAGAGCGUCUGCAACUCCUACAACCUUUUAAUAAGUGGGACGGCAAAGAUUUGCAAGAUAUGGUUAUUCUUAUUAAAGUCAAGGGGAAGUGCACAACGGACCACAUUUCCGCUGCUGGUCCUUGGCUUAAAUAUCGAGGUCACCUUGAUAAUAUAUCAAACAACCUGUUUCUGACAGCUGUUAAUGCUGAAAAUGGAGAAAUGAACAAAGUCCGCAAUCAUCUUACAGACGCAUUCGGAACUGUUCCUGAAACUGCACGGUACUACAAGGCAAAGGGAAUUAGCUGGGUAGCAAUCGGUGACGAAAACUAUGGUGAAGGGUCAAGUCGUGAACACGCCGCUCUUGAACCUCGACAUCUCGGAGGACGAGCAAUCAUUACGAAGUCGUUUGCUAGGAUUCAUGGCAUUACUACUGAAAGGUUUACAGAAACGAACCUAAAGAAGCAAGGAAUGCUCCCAUUGACUUUCGCUGAUCCUGCUGAUUACGACAAAAUCGACUCCAAUGAUAGAAUUUCCAUCAUGGGAUUGAAAGGUUUUGCUCCAGGAAAGCAGCUUCAAGCAGUCAUUAAAAAGAGUGAUGGUUCUAAAAUCGAAAUUUAUCUCAAUCACUCAUUUAACGAGCAACAAAUCGAAUGGUUCAGAGCAGGAUCUGCUUUAAACAAGAUGAAAGAAAAAUUCGCCUCAACGUAG